CGAGGAUUUGGGCGGCAGGAAGAGCCGCGGCGUAACGGCCGCCAUCUUGUUUGUUUGAGUGAAUCGGAAAGGAGGCGGCGGCCGUGGCGGCGGCGGGAGCUGCUCCGAAGCUACACCUCACCAAGGCUCCCCCCUUUCCCCGCCCCCUCCCCCGACCCUUUUCCCCCUCCCCGGGUCACGCAGUCCGCGCGGCUCCCCGCGGAGCUCCAGGUUUUCUCCUGUUUCGUAGUGGACCAGAACAAUGUUCUACGCACAUUUUGUCCUCAGUAAAAGAGGGCCCCUGGCCAAAAUUUGGCUGGCGGCCCACUGGGAUAAGAAGCUAACCAAAGCCCAUGUGUUUGAGUGUAACUUAGAGAGCAGCGUGGAGAGUAUCAUCUCGCCCAAGGUAAAGAUGGCGCUGCGAACAUCAGGGCAUCUCCUGCUGGGGGUGGUGCGAAUCUAUCACCGGAAAGCCAAGUACCUUCUCGCAGACUGCAACGAAGCGUUCAUUAAAAUAAAGAUGGCCUUUCGGCCAGGUGUGGUCGACCUGCCUGAGGAAAAUCGAGAGGCAGCCUACAACGCCAUCACAUUGCCUGAAGAAUUUCAUGACUUCGAUCAGCCGUUGCCAGACUUAGAUGAUAUCGAUGUGGCCCAGCAGUUCAGCCUGAACCAGAGCAGAGUGGAGGAGAUAACCAUGAGAGAGGAAGUCGGGAACAUCAGCAUCCUGCAGGAGAAUGACUUCGGUGACUUUGGGAUGGAUGACCGUGAGAUCAUGCGGGAGGGCAGUGCUUUUGAGGAUGAUGACAUGCUGGUGAGCACCAGUGCCUCGAACCUCCUCCUGGAGCCUGAACAGAGCACCAGCAACCUGAAUGAGAAGAUCAACCACUUAGAAUACGAGGACCAGUACAAGGACGACAACUUUGGGGAGGGAAAUGACGGCGGCAUCCUAGAUGACAAGCUUAUCAGUAACAAUGAUGGCGGCAUCUUCGAUGACCCCCCGGCCCUCUCUGAGGCGGGCGUGAUGCUGCCGGAGCAGCCUGCGCAUGACGACAUGGACGAGGACGACAACGUGUCGAUGGGUGGGCCCGACAGCCCUGAUUCAGUGGAUCCUGUUGAACCAAUGCCAACAAUGACGGACCAGACGACCCUUGUUCCCAAUGAGGAGGAAGCCUUUGCCUUGGAACCUAUUGAUAUAACUGUCAAAGAAACAAAAGCCAAGAGGAAGAGGAAACUAAUUGUUGACAGUGUCAAAGAGUUGGAUAGCAAGACUAUUAGAGCCCAGCUUAGUGAUUAUUCUGAUAUCGUUACAACCCUGGAUCUCGCUCCGCCCACCAAGAAGUUGAUGAUGUGGAAAGAGACGGGAGGAGUGGAAAAGCUGUUCUCUCUACCUGCUCAGCCGCUGUGGAAUAACAGACUACUGAAGCUCUUCACACGCUGUCUUACACCACUUGUACCAGAAGACCUUAGGAAAAGGAGGAAAGGAGGUGAGGCAGACAAUCUGGAUGAGUUCCUCAAAGAAUUUGAAAACCCGGAGGUCCCCAGAGAGGACCAGCCACAGCAACACCAGCAGCGUGACAUCAUCGAUGAGCCCAUUUUGGAGGAGCCAAGCCGCCUCCAGGAGUCCGUGAUGGAAACCAGCAGAUCAAACAUGGAUGAGUCGGCCAUGCCCCCACCGCCACCCCAGGGCGUGAAGCGCAAGGUUGGGCAGGUGGAUCCGGAGCCCGUGAUCCCCCCUCAGCAGGUAGAGCAGAUGGAAAUCCCCCCUGUAGAGCUUCCCCCAGAAGAGCCUCCGAAUAUCUGCCAGCUGAUCCCAGAGCUAGAGCUUCUGCCUGAAAAGGAGAAGGAGAAAGAAAAGGAGAAAGAAGACGAGGAAGAGGAAGAGGAAGAAGAUGCGUCAGGGGGUGAUCAGGAUCAGGAAGAGAGGAGGUGGAACAAGAGGACUCAGCAGAUGCUUCACGGUCUUCAGCGAGCUCUUGCCAAAACUGGAGCUGAGUCUAUCAGUUUGCUCGAGUUAUGUCGAAACACAAACAGAAAGCAGGCCGCGGCGAAGUUCUACAGCUUCUUAGUUCUCAAAAAGCAGCAGGCGAUCGAGCUGACGCAAGAAGAGCCCUACAGCGACAUUAUCGCCACCCCCGGACCAAGGUUCCACAUCAUCUGAGGAGUCACCCGUGAGACCUAGUGUUGGUCACUAGUGUGUGCAGCUUGCCCCGUGUGCGGGCACACAAACGCUUUGAAAAAUUUUAGAUUUUUUUGUCUGUACAAAAUCUCUGCCUUUUCUUUCAUUUUUCCAAGUGUUUUUAAUUCAUGGAUUUCAUCUUUAAGGGAAAUUGUUUAUAAGGGUUGUGUUUGUGUAGCAGUGGAGAAAACAACACCCCAAGGACCCAGAAGAUGAUUUUAACAGUUCAGAACAGAUGUGUGCAAUAUUGGUGCAUGUGAUAAUGUUAAAUAACUGUCGAAAGUCAUGAUUUUUAGUUCCCUGUUGCUGCGUCAGGAGGAAAAUGCCCGGCAGUGUAAUGAAGAACCGUGGUAUGUGUCGGUAAGAAAAGGUGUCUUCCCAUCAGGAAACCAGCAGUCUGGCCGCCCUGUGCGCGGGGACGGCACCCGCAGCUAGACAGUCGCCCCGAGGCCAGACGUUUUAGAGUGUAAUUGAUGAGGAGCAGGAGCCUGUGCGUCUGUGUGGUGACGGAUCCCGUCAGCCACGAAAAGAUGGGCCUGGCACGACGGAGAACAUGCCGUCAUUCUGUUGCGACUUCAUAACGAACUUUGCUGCCCUGAACUCUUGUUUUAGUGCAGAUCCAAAAUGACCAGAAUAGACCUGUUCAGGUGGAGUAACUUAAAAACACUUAGAGCUCUCCAGGAGCUAUAAAGAGAGUUGACUGUUCAGAUCAUGAAAAUAGAAAUUAUUCUGCCGACUGGAGGGGCAGACAGGUGGGACAUUACACAUCAGGUGGGCUUCACCCUUAAGCAGACAGUGCUGUAAAAACUAAUUGCUUCUCUGAUAUUUAUUAUAAAUGUUAGUACUGAUCUCUUCCAAUGCUGCACACUCCUGUGUUUGGAACUUUAUUUUAAUAGCUUUGCAACCGAAAUCCUGUAUCUGGUUUCCUGUAAUUUAAAUGAAGAAAAACACAUCCAAAUAAUGGCUUUAUUAUUUUAACAGACCAGAUAGCACCAGAAAUUAUGAGACUAUUAAUGAUUAUCAUAACGUCUUAACUUUUUAGAGCAAAAUUACACUGAAAGUUGUCUUAAGUGUUGGCACUUUUGUGGGGGAAAAAUCACUUUUGAACCUCAGACUUCAGUGUAUACCCAGUUAUUUAAAAUUAUGUGAAAUGCUUUAAAUUUGAGAACUCAUAAUUACUGUUUUAACGAUUCAGUUUUUGAGACUGGUAAUUGUAUAAAAUUGCUAUUGCAGUUUUAUUUUCAAUAUUAUGUGCCUGUAAACCAUGGUCCUCCCCUUUGUAAAAAGACAUUGUAGAUAAUUGAAUGUUUGAUUACUGAAAGGUCAUUAAUUUCUCGUUACACAUUUUGUUAGUCUGGUUUUUGUUGCUUAUCGGGUUUAAUAUUGUUCUUGGAAAUAGUUGAUGGUAUGUUAUGUAUAACUUUUCUAAUAAAAGUUGUGUUAUAAGCUGUUAA